GUCAUCUGACCAGGCGGAGUUAGCGCGUUCUAUUUAGAACAGGGAGCUUCUGCAUGUUUAGGUGACUUUUUAUCACUCUCUUCAGAGUUCUAAGCAAGAACCGCACAAGAGCCGAACAGUCAUUAAGUCAUGGCACUGACGGGAGUGAGAGUUAUCGAGCUGGCAGGUCUGGCUCCUGCUCCGUUCUGUGGCAUGAUUCUGGCAGACUUUGGAGCCAAUGUGAUUCGUGUGGACCGAACUAAGGCCCCGACGUCUCUUGACACACAGGCUCGGGGGAAACGGUCUGUGGCCAUCAACCUGAAAUCACCAGACGGCGUGUCUUUGCUCAGGAGGCUUUGUGCUCACUCUGAUGUAGUGCUUGAGCCCUAUCGGAAAGGUGUGAUGGAGAAACUGGGUCUUGGCCCAAACGAGUUGCUUGCUGAAAAUCCUCGCCUGAUCUACGCUCGGUUGACAGGUUAUGGUCAGAGUGGAUCUUACUCUGCUGCAGCUGGACAUGACAUCAACUACAUUGCCAUGUCAGGCCUUUUAUCCCGACUGGGUCGCAGUGGAGAGAAGCCCUAUGCUCCGCUGAAUCUUUUAGCGGACUUUGCCGGCGGUGGUCUUACUUGUGCUCUGGGAAUAGUCUUAGCACUGCUGGAAAGGACGAAGUCAGGGAGAGGACAGAUCAUUGAUGCUAGCAUG